ACCCAGCCAGGGCUCUGUUCAGUCUUGAGCAAUAAAAAUCUAAUCUCUCUAGCCAAUCCAGUUAUUCAUAUGAAACACUAAUUUAGAAGGACUUCUUAAACUAAAAGAUGACAAGAGUGAGAAAAAAGAGAAGCCACAGUGUAAUUAGAGCCAUUUGUACUCAUGUACUUCAGUUAUUAAGGAUACAUAGUGUCUUUGGGCCUUCAUCCGUGAAGGUACUGAAGAUAACCCUGAAGACAGCAUGGCUACAGAAAGAGCACGUCUCCAGUGAACACUGAACUGCCGAGGAAUUUGGGAAAAGACCGUCUACAGGCCCCGUUCCAUGGAUCCCCUGGGGGCGCCUUCCCAGUUUGUGGAUGUGGACGCACUGCCAGGCUGGGGAGACUCCUGCGAAGAUGAAUUAAAUGCUUCUGAUACUGCAGCCGACACAGACACUAUUAGAUCGCCUUUUCUGUAUAACAGGAACAUCAAUGGAAAAGUGGUUCUUUGGAAAGGAGACGUGGCCUUGCUGAACUGCACAGCCAUUGUGAACACCAGCAAUGAGAACCUCACGGAUAAGAACCCUGUGUCAGAAAGUAUCUUCAUGCUCGCAGGGCCCGAUCUGAAGGAGGAGCUCCAGAAACUUAAGGGUUGCCGGACGGGUGAAGCCAAGUUGACAAAAGGAUUUCACUUAGCUGCCCGGUUCAUCAUUCACACAGUGGGGCCCAAGUACAAGAGCCGCUACCGCACCGCAGCAGAGAGUUCCCUGUACAGCUGCUACAGAAACGUCCUUCAGCUGGCAAAAGAGCAGUCCAUGUCUUCCGUUGGGUUCUGUGUCAUCAACUCUGCCAAACGAGGGUAUCCUUUAGAGGACGCGACGCACAUAGCACUUCGCACUGUAAGGCGAUUCCUAGAGAUUCAUGGGGAGACUAUUGAAAAAGUAGUGUUUGCUGUCUCUGAACUGGAAGAGGCUACUUACCAAAAGCUGCUACCUCUGUACUUCCCAAGGUCGUUGAAGGAGGAGAGGCGAUCACUGCUGUACCUACCUGCAGAUAUUGGGAACGCAGAAGGGGAGCCCGUGGUGCCCGAACGGCAGAUUCGGAUAAGUGAGAAACCCGGCGCCCCGGAGGACGACCAAGAAGAGGAGGAUGAAGGCUUGGGAGUUGAUCUCUCUUUCAUUGGCUCUCAUGCUUUUGCUCGGAUGGAAGGAGAUAUUGAUAAGCAGAGAAGACUGAUCCUUCAGGGACAGCUGUCAGAGGCAGCCCUGCAGAAGCAGCAUCAGAGAAAUUACAAUCGCUGGUUAUGUCAAGCAAGGUCUGAGGACCUGUCUGAUAUCGCGUCCCUGAAAGCCCUGUACCAAACAGGUGUUGACAACUGCGGGCGCACGGUGAUGGUGGUCGUUGGGAGAAACAUCCCGGUGACGCUGAUAGACAUGGACAAGGCUCUCCUGUACUUCAUCCAUGUAAUGGAUCACAUCGUUGUGAAGGAGUACGUGCUAGUGUAUUUCCACACGCUGACCAGCGAGUACAAUCACCUGGACUCCGACUUCCUGAAGAAGCUCUGUGAUGUCGUUGAUGUCAAGUACAAGAGGAACUUGAAGGCUGUUUAUUUUGUUCAUCCAACAUUUCGGUCAAAGGUAUCAACAUGGUUUUUUACCACCUUUUCUGUCUCAGGACUGAAGGACAAAAUCCACCAUGUGGACAGCCUCCACCAGCUAUUCGCUGCCAUCUCACCUGAACAGAUCGACUUCCCUCCUUUUGUCCUUGAAUAUGAUGCCAGGGAGAAUGGGCCUUACUACACAUCGUAUCCCCCAUCACCGGAUUUGUGACCCGCCGUCUUUCCGUGCUCCUGGUCCCCAAGGACAUCCCUUUCCCCCGGACCUCUGCCUGUUGAAGUGACGACACUCGUUCUUGCUGUACAGACCCAGAGAGCCUUUUGUCCCCACCUCUCUGGUAUUUUUUUAUUGACUGUAUAUUUUCUGGCACAUAAGCAAUCUGAAAAUGGUAGACCAUUCUGAAUUGCACACUUAUUUUCAAUUUGUAUAUUUGUAUCAAAUGAAGAUGUUCAUUUUUAGAGGGUUGUUAAUAGAAAUUGGGGAGCAGCUUUUGAGUCUCUUUGGUUUCCUGCGAGGACACUGUUCCCUGUUAGACAAGCCACCAUUGCUGUUCCCGUCGUCUCUCCCACUGCACGCUGCCUCUGUACUUAAGCAUUUCUCAAAAUACAUAGAACCAGUGUACGCUGACCGGGUGCAUUGUUGCUUCAGACCCUGGCAUCGUGUCUCGUGCAGGUAACGUGGCUGAGAUCAAAGAGUGUGGUCGGGGACCAAGGGUGUGGGGAUGAUCUGAUCAGAAGCAUCAAAAUCAUUAGCAAAAUGUAGGUCUUAGAGUUUCACUGUACCAUUAAGACAGUUU